AGCCACCUUAUUUAACAGUUUUGAGAGACGGCGGCUAGAUGGCGCUAGUGGAACGUGCACCGGACGCAUCAUUAUCGACAGUCCAAUAUUGUAACGGUUCUCCCCGCCAAGCGAUCGCCUUUAUAAGGAGCCGCGCUUUUGAGUCGACACGCAUUUCAAACGGAUGCGUCUUGGUGCACGGACCACUGUCUCUCGACAGUCAGUACUGCACAGUUAUUGGACGUUGGAACGUUGUAUAAUUAGUACUGUCCUUAUUGCGGUGGGUGCGUGGAACCCUGUCUCUGACAGUCAGUACAGCCCUAUGUGACCGCCCUCACUGUCAUAUUUUGUAAUUGUUUAAUUUAUUAUAUUUCAUUUCUGUAUUUCUAGAUUUAAGAUAACCGAUUGUUCGACUGCAAUAAAUUUGUAUAAUACCUUAUCUGAGUUUUCCUUCUGAUGUCUGGGCCGAAUCCGACAUCAGAAGUGGGAUUGGAUUUUCCGCCCACGUCUGACACCUCGUCACAAAAUAUGCAAGAAAAUAUUCCGCUACCCUCAAAUAGUUUAGAAGCAUUUCUUUCAAAAUUAACUGAUGCUUUACUGCCCCGUUCCAAUGCACCACCACAUCCUGUCACGGUAUUGGUGCCGUUUGAUCCUGAUGACCCGAAUUCUGACAUAGAGGGAUGGUGUCGCCUGUCAGACGCCAUAAUUAGUAGUAAAAAUUUGAAAGGCGUAGAUUUAAUCAUGACGCUGACCCAUUGUCUACGAGGCCGUGCAGCCACGUUAUUGACCAAAAUACCUUCCAGUCAAUAUAAAUGGGAAGAUAUACAGGAGACUUUAAAAGCUCAGUUCUCUCGUCCUAUGCUGAUUCAGGAUCACUUUGACAGUAUCCUUAAAUUUCAAAUUAACGCUAAUGAGACCCCCGCUCAAGCAUGUUUACGACUUUGGCAAUUAAUUGAAAACAUCCCGGAUGCAAGUUUAUCUGAAAAGGUUGUGACGGGCUUUGCCAUUUCCGUAUUAUCUCAGUGCGAUGUUCAAAUACGUCGUGAACUGAACUCGACUGUUGUAAAUGAUAAAUCCCACCUAUUUCGAGUACUACGGGGUAUUUCCUUGAAAAGAAAGUCCGAAUUGUCAGAGUUAAAUGACCACGAUGUCAAACGCCCUCGCGCCACGUUCAGCUUUCGAGGCAGCUGCAACAUAUGUGGCAGGAUUGGGCAUCGUGGAGCUGAUUGCCGUGACAGAAACAAACCACAAGAUAAACGUGUCAACCAGAAGCCACACCCUACCUGCUACGUCUGCGGGGAGCCAGGCCACGUCGUCUCCACCUGCCCAAAAAGGAUUGACAAUACGAAGAAGGAACAAGUCGCUACUGGAAGCAAAGAAGUCAACGCGUGCUCGAAGAUUGUUCGAGGUAUUAUGGACUGUAGUGAUUAAUGAAUACACUCGAGGACGACUGAUUUAUCAGAAUGGCCGUGACGGCAGCCACCUUAUUUAACAGUUUUGAGAGACGGCGGCUAGAUGGCGCUAGUGGAACGUGCACCGGACGCAUCAUUAUCGACAGUCCAAUAUUGUAACGGUUCUCCCCGCCAAGCGAUCGCCUUUAUAAGGAGCCGCGCUUUUGAGUCGACACGCAUUUCAAACGGAUGCGUCUUGGUGCACGGACCACUGUCUCUCGACAGUCAGUACUGCACAGUUAUUGGACGUUGGAACGUUGUAUAAUUAGUACUGUCCUUAUUGCGGUGGGUGCGUGGAACCCUGUCUCUGACAGUCAGUACAGCCCUAUGUGACCGCCCUCACUGUCAUAUUUUGUAAUUGUUUAAUUUAUUAUAUUUCAUUUCUGUAUUUCUAGAUUUAAGAUAACCGAUUGUUCGACUGCAAUAAAUUUGUAUAAUACCUUA